AAUGCGUUCGACUGUUCCGUUCACAGUGGCGGUAAAGAAACGAGGUGCAGUUGGAUGCAGAAGUGUAUCGAUGCAGAUCCGCGUUAUAAACGUGUGCCUGGUCUGCUAGGCUGAACGGCACCGAUCUCUCGGUAUUACAGGCUGUUUGACCGCUGCCGUGUGUCAUCAUGCUCGGUGUUGUAGGUGCAGAGCCGUUCGUGUGCGUUUCCCUCUUGCUGGGUUCGUGAGUGCAUGCGGCUUGUAGGUUGCUAUUUCAAGAUGUCACAGAGUAGCUCCGAAAGUGAUAUUUGGGAAUACAAGUCACUUAAAAGGAAGAAGAGACAACGUAAACCCGACACCAGUGAGGAUGGAGCAAAAAGACAGAGACACGCCAAGCAAAGGAGUCCAAAGCAAAAGUCGGGCAGAACCCCUAGCUUCAGUAACAUAAGGUCUAGUCUGGAGACAGACACUGCCACUAUAUCGUGCACCAGAAACCAAGCGAGCCAAGCAAAGGCAUCGCCAACCAACUCCUCCCUGCCAGCCGCCUCAGUGGCACAAGAAAUGCAUGAUGGUACGUCUUCUAGGGACUUUCAAACGGAGCAACACUGUCCUGUCUGUCAAAUGCCAUUUUCAUCCUUGUUGGUGCAGUCUCAACGAUGGCAUGUUGCAGAGUGUUUGGAUACGCCUGGGGAAACUAAUAACGAAUGUCCAAAUGGUCUCCAGUGUUCCUCUUCCAUUCCAACUCACUACAAAAAGUAUAACCACUCUCUGUUAGCUCACAGUCGAGCAAUAAACAGCCCAGUCCAUUUGCCUUCAACGCUGGACCACACAGCCAGUGUUCAUCUGGAGGAAAAGGCAGUUACCAGUGACUCCAGCAAAGAAAGCUCUCUGGACAAUGCUGUGAAUCUGUCCUCAGUGUCCAGCCAGAGUGCUUCUCCUGCUGUCCACUCCAAUGCCUUGCUGCUGUUGAGGUCUCCAGGCCCCGAGGACAUUAAGAAGAAGAAAGGCUGGUCCCCUUCGGCCAAAGGGUCUAGGUCCAAGACUUUGUCCAGGGAACUCACUUUUAGGAUCUCAACACCAGUUAAAGCUGGAAACGUAAGCAGCGCGUAUCAGACUGGGAAAAUAAAAGAGGAGCCCUCUGCCUUACACACUGAUGAUUUUAUCUCCUACUCUCCUCUUUCUGAGCUGCCUGCUGAAGUAGAUGGGAGCCAAACUAAGAAAAAACUGUUUCACACUAAUGUUUUAGAAGGAAUGGACAGGGAAGAGGAAAAUAAUCUGAGUGAUUCACUGAUAUUGUUUAAUGAUACUGUGAUAAGUGAUGAUGAAUUAUCUGGUGUCUUGGACCAGUACGAAACAGAAGCCAGUAGCCAAGGAGAGCCACUCAUUAAGUUUCCACACACCUGUGACCAAUUAAAACCUUUAGAACAGCGUGAGCAUUUGAUGACUUUCAGGGCUGCAGCUGCUGUAGACAGUCCGUUGUCUCAGGUCAGUUCACCUGUUAGACCUGCUGCAGAUGAGCAUUUAGUGAAAAUUGACAAAGGUAGUAGUGGUAAUUCUCAGCUACAAUCUCCUCAAAGUUUAGUUCUGGAACGUCUUCGCGAACGCGUAUCUAAGCCGGCACAUUUCAGCCACCUUAGCGCCAAAGGUACUGACGUUAACAGUGCCUAUAGGAAUCAAGAAAUGUAUCAAACUGCCCUGUCUGCUUCCCAGACUCAACCUCUCCCCACAGGCUCUGGGAAAGCCCAGGGCAGGGCAGGUGCCUCUGGGUUGAAGCAAACUGAUAUUGGAGUGUUUUUUGGAUUGAAGCCUUUGAAGAAGGCCACAGAGGAGGCCGCUGCAGACACAGGAGACAAACCGCAGGCGACCCUUGCUCCCAGGAUGCGCCGGGAAGGCGCCGGGGGAAACGCUAAGGGGCGGGGCAGACGGUGGAGGAAGAGUGCAGAGCUGUCUGAGGCUCCUGCCAUGACUGAGGGAGCAGAAGAAGGGGCAGCGCAGCCCACGCAAACAGAAGGAAGCAGAGGAGGAAGGGCAGGGAGGAGGAAGAGGUGGAACAGAGGAAGAGCGACAGAUGGAGGACCAGAGGAGCCCAAACGAUGCCCGUUUUACAAGAAAAUCCCUGGAACCAGCUUUGCUGUGGACGCUUUUCAGUACGGGACCAUCCAGGGCAUCACGGCCUACUUCCUCACCCACUUCCACUCGGAUCAUUAUGACGGACUGAACAAGAACUCGACAGUCCCUGUCUACUGCAAUAAAAUAACAGGCAACCUGGUGGAGAGAAAGCUGAAAGUGGACAAGCAGUAUAUCCAUGUUCUUCCAAUGAACACUCAGUGUACACUGGAUGAUGUGAAGGUCAUCCUACUGGAUGCUAAUCACUGUCCAGGGGCAGCCAUGUUGCUUCUCCUGCUACCAGAUGGCCAGACUGUGCUGCACACAGGUGACUUCCGGGCAGAUCCGUCCAUGGAGCACUACCUAGAGCUACAGACCUUCAGAGUUCAGACUCUGUAUCUGGACACCACGUACUGUAGUCCAGAGUAUGCCUUUCCUACUCAGCAGGAAGUAAUAACUUUCGCUGCCAACACAGCCUUUGAGAAGGUCACGCUCAACCCCCGCACUCUGGUGGUGUGUGGCACCUACUCUGUGGGAAAGGAGAAGGUCUUCUUGGCAAUUUCUCAGGUGCUGGGCUCUAAGGUGUACAUGUCCAGGGACAGGUACGCCACCAUGUGCUGUCUGGAGUCUGAGCAGAUCUCCCAGUGUGUCACCACCGAUCAGAAAGCAGCUCGGGUCCAUGUGCUACCCAUGAUGCAGCUUAAUUUCAAGAAUUUAAAAACACACUUGAAUAGGUUUUUGGGGACAUAUGACCAGCUGGUAGCUUUCAAGCCCACAGGCUGGACUUUCACUCAGUCAGUGGGUGUUGAGAACAUACAACCUCAAGUCAAAGACAACAUCAGUAUUUAUGGUAUUCCGUACAGCGAACACAGCAGCUACCUGGAGCUGAGGCGCUUUGUGCAGUGGCUGCAGCCACUGAAGAUCAUUCCCACGGUGAACGUAGGCAGCAGGGACAACAGGAAGGCCAUGGAGCAGAGCUUCAGCGAGUGGCGGGCCGAGGCCCGAGGCCUCAGCAUAGUGCCGUUGAGCAGCUGCGCUGGCACACAUUCAAGGCAGUAACAGGAGAUGACCUCUGCAAGGCCUUUGGCCCACCAUCAGAGCAGUGUUUCCCUGAAUCCAGCCAUUGGAACUAAUAUUCCUUUCUCUAUAGGACCUUUCCUCUCAUUUGGGAAGAUGUGGAGACAUUUUAUGCUGCUUUUUUAAUUGCUAUCUUUCGCAGUGGUUUUAUGCAAUUGAUGUGGGCCAGUGCACAAACAAACAUUAUAUUUCAGUCAGUCAAGCAAUGUUUAAACUAAACAGCUAACAGAGUACUUUUGGAUUUUAGGUAUUAAAAUUUGGGGUGUCUGAGUGUGGCUGGUUUUAACAUUUCUCAGCAUAGUACACUAAUUAUAAUUUAAUAUGCAUGUAAAACAUAAUGACAAACAAAUUGUUUUAUUAAAGCUUUAAAUUCA